UCCAUGACAACUGAGGGCCAGGAGAUGUACUUGCGGUUUGAUCAGACUACAAGACGCUCUCCUUACAGGAUGAGCCGGAUUCUAGCACGCCAUCAGCUAGUGACUAAAAUUCAACAAGAGCUGGAGGCGGGGCCAAAAUCAACCUCAAAGGAGGCACACCAUUGAUCAGGCUAGAAUGCUGUGGACCGGUCUCACAGACAGCCGCUAAGCACAGAGGAAAUAUUAGCUGACAGAGAUAACAACGAGGAAACACUCAGUAACAGAUGCACCAUCUGUCAGUUUCUGAGGAGCAGUUUUCAAGAAAGCAGAAAAUGAAAUGAAGAAAGGAGUGGUUUUGUUUCAGAGGUACAACGCCGCCUAAGGACAUUUUUAAGCAAAAAAUUGAGGCCAAAGAAGCAUGUAACUGGCUCCGUGCUGCUGGGUUCCCGCAAUACGCUCAGUUGUAUGAGGAUUCACAAUUUCCCAUUAACAUUGUGGCUGUCAAGAACGAUCAUGAUUUUCUUGAAAAGGACCUUGUAGAACCUCUUUGCAGAUGCCUCUCCUGUGAAGACAAGCAGUUAAUGCCCUAGGCCCCAGUUUACUGGAAAGGUGUUAAACAGCAUCAUGUUAUUUGAUGGACUUGGAAUUAUGCAUAUUUUGCUCAGACGACUAAACACGUUGAAUAAGUGUGCCUCAAUGAAACUUGAUGUGAACUUGCAAAAGAAAAAGGGUGAUGACUCAGAUGAGGAAGAUCUUUGUAUCAGCAACAAAUGGACUUUCCAAAGAACCAGCCGCAGGUGGUCUCGUGUGGACGACCUGCACACACUGUUCCCUGGGAGAGACAGAAAUGGGUCACCGGGAGGCCCUAGGAUGAGAAACACCACCAGCAGUGAGAGCGUCCUCACAGACCUGAGUGAGCCUGAGGUCUGCUCCAUUCACAGCGAAAGCAGCGGAGGCAGCGACAGCCGGAGCCAGUCAGGCCAGUACUGUGCUGACAGCCCGGGCAUGCUGGAGGGUACCCUAGUUAGCAGCAGCCUCCCACAGAACCCCCGGGACAUUCUCAACUACCCUUUCUACCCUAAGAAUGAGAAACCCACCAGGACCCGGGCCAAAUCAUUUUUGAAACGCAUGGAAACGCUCCGAGCCAAGGGAGCACACGGAAGACACAAGGGGUCAGGGCGGACAGGUGGCUUGGUGAUCAGUGGACCUGUUUUGCAACAGGAGCCAGAGUCCUUUAAGGCCAUGCAGUGCAUCCAGAUACCAAAUGGAGAUCUCCGGAAUUCACCCCCUGCUGUCUGCAGAAAAGGACUUCCGUGCUCCAGCAAAUCCAGUGGCGAGAGCAGCCCCUCAGAGAAUAGCAGCAGUGGGGUGAGCACUCCAUGCCUGAAGGAACGGAAAUGCCACCAUGAGGCCAACAAGCGCAGCGGCAUGUACCUGGAGGACUUGGAUGUCCUGUCAGGGACAGCACUACGAGAUGCAGGAGGCCAAAACCACACACAUGGGUUUCACUCCCAAGAGAACUUGGUGGUACACAUUCCCAAGGAUCACAAACCAGGAACAUUUCCCAAGGCACUUUCUAUUGAAAGCCUCUCACCCACAGAUAACAGCAAUGGGGUUAACUGGAGGACCGGGAACAUCUCGCUGGGCAGUCAACAAGGUCCUGGCACAAGGGAGCCCAGGCUCAUGGCAUCCUGCCACAGAGCAAGCCGAGUCAGUGUCUAUGACAACGUCCCUGGCUCCCAUCUGUGUGCCAGUACAGGAGACCUGUUGGACUUGGGGAAAGACUUCCCUCAACUGGAUGACAUUCUGCAGCAUGUCAGUGGGCUCCAAGAGGUGGUGGAUGACUGGUCCAAAAAUGUCUUGCCUGACCUGCAAUCUCAUGACCCGUUGGUUGGGGAACCUGGUUUGCACCCCUUUCCAUCUUCUAAUCAGAUUACCUUAGAUUUUGAAGGCAACUCUGUCUCAGAAGGUCGGACAACACCCAGCGAUGUGGAAAGAGAUGGAACAUCUCUGAAUGAAUCCGAGGCCACAGGGGUCAGGGAAAGGAGGGAUUCUGGUGUGGGGGCCUCUCUGACCAGGCCAAGCAGGCGGCUACAGUGGAACAGCUUCCAGCCCUCGCAGCAGCCUCAGCCAUCCCCAGCCUCACCCCAUAUCAGCAGCCAGACUGCCAGCCAGCUGAACCUGCUCCAGCGUUUCUCCCUGCUGCGCCUCACUGCCAUCAUGGAGAAGUACUCCAUGUCCAACAAGCACGGCUGGACAUGGUCAGUGCCAAAGUUUAUGAAGAGGACGAAAGUUCCUGAUUACAAAGACAAAGCUGUCUUUGGCGUUCCUCUCAUAGUCCACGUCCAGAGAUCAAGACAACCUCUGCCUCAAAGCAUUCAGCAAGCACUGAUCUACCUACGCAGCAACUGCCUCGAUCAGGUGGGUCUGUUCCGCAAGUCAGGAGUGAAGUCUCGAAUCCAUGCCUUACGUCAAAUGAAUGAGAGCUUUCCCGAGAAUGUCAGCUAUGAAGACCAAUCUGCUUAUGAUGUAGCAGAUAUGGUGAAGCAGUUCUUCCGGGACCUCCCUGAGCCACUUUUCACCAACAAGCUUAAUGAAACCUUCCUCCACAUCUACCAGUUUGUCCCCAAGGAGCAGCGGCUGCAGGCUGUGCAGGCUGCCAUCCUGCUGCUGGCGGAUGAAAACAGGGAGGUCCUACAGACACUUCUGUGUUUCCUGAAUGACGUUGUCAACUUGGUGGACGAGAAUCAGAUGACACCCAUGAACCUGGCUGUGUGUCUAGCCCCCUCCCUUUUCCAUCUUAAUUUAUCGAAGAAAGAAAGCUCUCCAAGAGUCAUCCAAAAGAAAUAUGCCACUGGGAAGCCAGAUCAAAAGGACCUCAAUGAGAAUCUGGCUGCUGCUCAGGGGCUUGCCCAUAUGAUCAUGGAAUGCAACAAACUUUUUGAGGUCCCACAUGAGAUGGUGGCCCAGUCUCGUAAUUCAUAUGUAGAAGCUGAAAUACACGUGCCUACCCUGGAGGACUUGGGGACACAGCUGGAGGAGAGUGGAGCAACUUUCCACACUUACCUGGAGCAUCUUGUCCAAGGCCUCCAGAAAGAAGCCAAGGAGAAGUUCAAAGGAUGGGUCACAUGCUCCAGCCCAGACAACACAGACCUUGCUUUCAAAAAGGUGGGGGAUGGGAACCCGCUGAAGCUGUGGAAGGCGGCUGUGGAGGUGGAGGCGCCCCCCGCCGUAGUGCUGAACCGUGUGCUGAGGGAGCGUCAUUUAUGGGAUGAGGACUUCGUGCAGUGGAAGGUGGUGGAAACUCUGGACAGACAAACCGAAAUCUAUCAGUACGUGCUGAAUAGCAUGGCCCCCCAUCCUUCCAGAGACUUUGUAGUUCUCAGGACUUGGAAGACCGACUUGCCCAAAGGAAUGUGCACCCUGGUAUCCCUCUCCGUGGAGCACGAGGAAGCCCAGCUCAUGGGUGCUGUGAGGGCAGUGGUAAUGGAUUCUCAGUACCUGAUAGAACCGUGUGGCUCUGGCAAGUCCAGACUGACCCACAUCUGCAGGAUAGACCUGAAAGGUCACUCCCCAGAAUGGUACAGCAAAGGCUUUGGACAUCUUUGUGCAGCAGAAGUUGCCAGGAUUAGAAACUCUUUCCAGCCCCUCAUUGCCGAGGGUCCAGAAACUAAAAUCUGAGUUUUUCCCAGCAUGGCAUCAAACUCAGGGAAUAGGAAGCUGAAACAAACACUGUGGCAGAGAAUAUGCAUGUGAGAAAGCGAGAGAGAGAGGCACUGAUGGAUGUGGCUAAUGCUUAAAAAUGGAAACACUGAGAAGUUGGAAUGUUGAAGAUGCAAGAAUUUUCUGAGACUUUUUCUAGCCAUCCUGGAGAUGGCUGCAUCCCUACUAAUAAAAUAUUUUUAAAAACCAGAACAUUUAUCUAUAUUACUAAAAAUUAAAUGGAUUAUUCCUGUGCAUUGCCUAAUUUGCUAUUUAAAGGCUUCUAAGAAGCAUAUUCUUAACUGUAAAUAAAUGUAUGUGUAGCAUAUGUACAUACAUGUGUAUAUCUAUCUUUACUGUAUAUGUGUAAAAUAUCAAUUUUAUAAAUAGUUGAGUGACUGACUCAGUGAGUCUCUUCCUCACAUAGCUCUUCCCAAGAUGUUUUGUAUUCCAUCUCCCCACUGCCCCAUAAUCUGAGAAGAGCCUCCUGCUAACACCAAGGUGUAAAGAUGGAUAGUCUGUCCAUCUGUCCUGAUGUCCAACCAAAGACUAGCUAACCAAAGGGAAGUAGCAUUAAAAGGUUCUUAUGCAUUUUAACAGUUUGCUUCCGCUGUUCAAAAACUAAGAGUGGAAUUUUAGGGAAACACAAGGGAAAGAAUGUUUACUCCUCUUUAAAGCAAAGCAGUGGGUGAGAAGUUACUGCCAAAUUUAAAGCUUGAUUACAAGUUGCCACUGGGUCCUGCAAAUACAAUCUCAGUGAGAGAUAUCAGAUGCACCGCUAGAGUCAACAAUGGUGACUGAAACAGAACCAAUUUCCCCCCAAGUAGGGCUGAAUAUCAGAGCCUUUUCAUAUUUACAGCCACAGGGAGCCUCUGUUAUCUCAAGUUUUCAUACAUACUUUUUAAAAUGUUAUGAAAUAUUCUUCUAUAUGACCAGUGGCCUAUGUGGUCACAGAUAAUUGGAUUUUUUUAAUAUAGUUCACUGAAUUUGAAUACAGACACCAGACAAAGAGAAAUGAUGGUCCUUUAAGAGUCUUGGACCAUUGUAAUAGCUUCAGGGAAUUUAUUGUGCUAUAUAUGAUGCUCUUAAAAUAUAAUUCAUUAAAACCUUACAAUCUGAAAGAUAGGAUUUUUAACUAACACAAGACCAAAACUAUAAUCUUUAAUUAGUUUAGAAAAUAUAAAUGGAUAUAUUAAUUCUAUAUCUCUUAUUAGCUAUCUAUGCAUUUGACCCCACCUUAUUUAUUAUUGUACAGACAAAUUGACUUUCCUUAACCAAUUGUGAAUGGAUUUAAGGGGGGGGGUAUUGUAAUUCAACAGCUGUAAAGAGAAAAAACUUACUGUGCUUGGAUUUAAAGACAAAUUUUCUUUGACUGUCCAUGGUUUACCAACUGGUAUUGGAAGAAAAAAAGUAAAACAACUGUUUUCACUCUUUUUGUAUAGUA